AUGUACAACAAAAUUCAAUACUACCUCCCCAGUACUGUGACCUCCUGCCAGUCGGAGCUUCAGGAACUGAUGCGGCAGAUCGACAUCAUGGUCAACAGUAAGAAGGCGGAGUGGGAGAGAGAACUACAGGCUGUACAGGUUAAACUGGACGUCAGGGACAAGGAAGUUCUCAUGCAGAGGGCCACACUGGAGGCCAAGCAUCAGGAGAUCGGUAAUUUGCGUCAGCAGUUGGAAGGGUUUGAGAGAGCCCAGCGGGACCUGGUGGCUCAAUAUGAGCAGCAGGUGUCAGGACUGAGGAAUGAGCUGACCAACUUGAAGACCAAGUAUGAGAAGCUUCAGCGGCACCAGCUGAAGAGGUCAUCAGGGUCGAGUGUGGAGAAGGACAGACUGGCGGCUGAGCUGAGGGACAGCAGGACAGAGAUAGAGGCACUUAGAACCAAAGUAGAGGAUUAUCGUGGGCGCGGGAAGGACUGGGACAGCCAACGAAGGUCACUCCAAGGUCAGAUCCAGAGUCUGGAGGCACAGAGAAAGACUCUGGCAGAGAAGUGUGAACACAUGCAGCAACAGAGCCUGAGUUACCAGUCGCAGCUGAACAAGCGGAGGCAGAUGUUGGAGAGUGUGGAGUCGACUCACCAGGUGCAGCUGUCCCAGGUGACAGAACAGCUGGAGCGGGCGCGCGAUGACAUCAAUAUGCAGGAGGAGACCAUGGAGAGACUCAAGGCUGAGCUGGAUGAUACCAUUUCUUCUAAAGACCAACUCCUGGGGGAGAACGAACAGUUGAGGGAAGACCUAAGAAAGGCACAGAGGGAUAACAGGAGGCUGGAGGACGAGGUGAAGAGGCUGAACCUGGAGUUGCAGUCCCGAGAUGACCUGAUUCAGGCCGCUGAGAGGGACCAGAAGAACCACAGCAAGGACCUGUCACGUCUGGAGGAGUCUCUACACAUGAAGGAUAAACUCAUCAGGAUAAACUCAUCAGGUAACACAGCACUACACAUCUCACUACACGUGCCACUACACAUGGCACUACACAUGGCACUACACAUCCAGGCUGCCGAGAGGGACCAGAAGAACCACAGCAAGGACCUGUCACGGCUGGAGGAGUCUCUACACAUGAAGGACAAACUCAUCAGGACAAGCUUAUCAGGUAACACAACACUACACAUGGCACUACACAUGGCACUACACAUGGCACUACACAUCCAGGCUGCUGAGAGGGACCAGAAGAACCACAGCAAGGACCUGUCACGGCUGGAGGAGUCUCUACACAUGAAGGACAAACUUAUCAGGUAUGGGUUACUGCACUACAUGUGGCACUACACAUCUCACUACACACGCCAGAUGCCACUAAACAUGGCACUACACCUGACACUACACAUGCCACUACACAUCCAGGCUGCCGAGAGGGACCAGAAGAACCACAGCAAGGACCUGUCACGUCUGGAGGAGUCUCUACACAUGAAGGACAAACUUAUCAGAUCACUAGAGGAUGCUACUAGGAAAGAAGAGGCAGCUGAACUUAACCAACUCAGGGAAGAACUCAGUAGCUGUAGGUCAGAAGCCAGAACCUGCAGGAAAAAUGAACAGAGACUCCGAGAGGAGGUUGACAGGUUACAAGCUAGUCUGCAGUCCUCCCAGACUGAGGUUGCCCACCUGAACACAGAGCUGACAGGCAGGAUACAGGAGAUCCGCAGACUGGAGGGAACUGUGCUCAGGGAACUACAGACGGAGCUGGACAAGUCCCAGGGCAGGUUAGCUCAGGAGGAGCAGUCCCAUGUGUCUGAGGUGGAGGGGAUGAGAGCCGAGCUGUCCCACCUGACAGCCGACCUGCACCAGCGAGACGUGUCCAUCGCUGAGCUGAGUGAGAAGUCAUCUCACAUGGAGCGACAACUCAGGGACACCAGCGAUAGGCUGGACAGGAAGGGAGCAGAGCUGCAGGUGACCAUGGCCCAACUGGAAGCUCUACGACUGGAAAAUCGCCACCUCAGAGAGCUGACACAGGCUGACCAGAGAUCAGCAUCCAAGGACUUGAGAGAGGCUGAGGUGAAGCUGACUGAACUACAGGGAAGUUACUCUGCCUCUGUGGCAAAACUUGAGGAGGAGAACCUGCGUCUGCGUGAGGAUGUGUCAGCCCUGCGAGACCAGCUGGAGCUGAGCGAACAGACCAACCAGGAGAAGUACAGCGCCGCGCUCCGACAGACACAGCGCGCUAUCACUGAUCUCAGGACUAAGGAGGACAGAAGAGUGCGCAGCAUCCAGGAGGAGAGUGACAGGAAGCUGAGAGCCCUGCAGGAUAAACUGGACACUACGAUUGGUCGAUAUGAGCAGGAGCUGGAUGGAGGCAGGAGGAGGGGAGGAUCACAGUCAGACUCUGUUGUCAGCUUUAGAGGUGCAGAGGAUGUUCACACUGGGAGCCCCAUGGAGCACAUCUGGGCAACUCCAACUCGCAAGGACAGUCAGGGAAGAGAGUCACCCUACAUAUCAGGGAUGGAGAGCCCAGUUCCGUCCAGACCCGAGUCCAGGGCUUCGGUGGCAGCUCGGUUUCUUGCAGAAGAGGAGAAACACGGACUGGAACUGGAGCGAAAACUGGACUCACACAUAACCGAGUUUAAAGACGCUGCAGAUAGGACCAUCAAGAAAUACUCAGCCAGAUAAUACAGAUGAAACUUCUGCAAAAUGUCAUGAAUGCAAAUAAAGUUUCCAAACAUAUACAUGUGUACAAUCUGUAUACAUGUUACUUGUAUAGGUUGAGUUUUUAUUUGAAGAGCAGUACCAUUUCUAUAACUGUUACAAAACUGUUGUUUAGUGGUCCAGGGUGAAUAAAUAUUUUUACAUCUUGUACAAUUCAACCUACAUGACUGUAUACUGUUUUUUUAUGGAUAAUAAUAAUUUGAUUGGAGAUCAAAGGUAUAAGUACUAUCAAAUGUAUAUUUCAAAGAGUUUCAAACCUUACAGUAUUACCGUAUAAAAGGGUAUGGAAUUAGGUGUUAUUAAAGUUGUUAACUGUUGGUUGUAUUUCAUUUUUAAUUAGCUUGUGUGAUAGUAUAUUUAAGUUGAGUGGUUUCAUUCAUUGAUGAAAUAUGAAACAUUGUACAGACUAUUAAAUGAUGUUACAUUCAAAUUGAUGCCUUAAAUAAAUGCAG